AUGCAGGCUACGACGGAAACUCGAGAAAGAGUUAUUGCCUGUGCUAUCUGCCUGUCCUGUCCUAAGAUCUGGGCUACCGUGCUGCGUCUGCCAGCCCUGUACAGUAGGCUAUCCACCUUCUUCCCUGCCUCUGAGAGCAGAGACCCAGCCCUGAGCAGGGACCCAGUCCUGGGGAGGGACCCAGUCCUGGGGAGGGACCCAGCCCUGGGCAGGGACCCAGCCCUGGGGAGGGACACAGUCCUGGGCAGGGACACAGUCCUGGGCAGGGACCAAGCCCUGGGCAGGGACCCAGUCCUGGGCAGGGACACAGUCCUUGGCAGGGACCCAGCCCUGGGCAGGGACCCAGCCCUGGGGAGAGACCCAGCCCUGGGGAGAGACCCAGUCCUGGGGAGGGACCCAGCCCUGGGCAGGGACCCAGUCCUGGGCAGGGACCCAGCCCUGGGGAGAGACCCAGUCCUGGGGAGGGACCCAGCCCUGGGCAGGGACCCAGCCCUAGGGAGAGACCCAGUCCUGGGGAGGGACCCAGCCCUGGGCAGGGACCCAGCCCUGGGGAGAGACCCAGCCCUGGGGAGGGACCCAGUCCUGGGCAGGGAAAAGCUGAAGAUGUAG